AUGGAGACGCCCUCGCAUGAUCCCAAUGGGCUUUCAGCUGCUAUUCGGCAAUCCCCUCCCUUGGACGUUUCUCUUCCAUACGACGCCAGCAGGGUCAAGGGCAAGACUAUUGUGGUGACGGGAGGGGCCAGUGGGUUCGGGGCAGGGUUUGUGCGAGAAUGGGCCAACAACGGAGCCAAUGUCAUCAUGGGCGAUAUCAAUGUCGAGAAAGGCGAUGCAUUGGCUCGCCAGAUUCGAAAAGAGACUGGCAAAGACAAUGUUCACUUCGUUCAUUGCGAUGUCACAGACUGGCAGUCGCAGGUGAAUUUGUUCAAAGAGGCGGUCAGGUUGAGUCCUCAUGGGGGCAUUGAUACUGUGGUAGCGAAUGCAGGUAUCGCCCCCGAGCCGGAUGAAUUGCUUCACCCCAAGGAUCUGAGCGCCGCAGAACCAAAGGCACCGAAUGUUAAGACGAUAGACGUCAACUUUGUUGGCGUGGCUUAUUCUGUGCAUCUGGCUUACUACUGGCUGCCGCGAAACCCAGGCGCGAAGGCUUGCAGUAUCGAUUCGGACCAGCGACAACCUCGCGAUAGACAUAUAUUGCUCAUAGGUUCUUUAGCUUCCCUGGCGCCACUUUCACUGUCACCUCAGUACGGAGCCACCAAGCAUGCCGUCCUCGGCCUCUUUCGUUCUCUGCGUGCGACUACGCAUGUGCACGGUAUACGAAUUAAUAUGGUGUGUCCCUACUUCAUCGAUACACCGAUCCUCAAGCUUCCCGUAAGAAUUUUCCUCGCAGGGGGUGGAAUGGGCAAAGUCGAAGACGUGGUCGAAGCGGCAACGCGAUUCGUGUCUGAUUCUCGAAUACUUGGCCGGGCUCUCGUGGUUGGACCCAAGGCGUCGCUCAAACAGGACGACCAGGGCGAGUGGAAAGUGGUUGAUUACGGGACUCCGGGCAGCGAAGUCAAAGCGCUAUGGGAACCGUAUGCAGAUGAUUGGCACGAACAAGAUGCUUUUAACCGGAACAUCGCCAAAGCGUUGAAUGCAGUCCAGGCAGCUCGUGGUUGGGGGGGAUGGGCACUUGAUGUGGUGAGGGCGGUCGGGUACCUCUUUUGGGGGUCUAAAUGA